AUGUCGGUGGACCCGGCGUCACUGACCAUUCCGGUGACGCACCUCGCAGUGGCUGUCCUUGGGGCAGAGCGUGUGGGCAAGACGACGCUGCUAACGAGGCUUCUGACCGGCGGCGAGCCUGCGGAGGUGACGGGCGACGAGGUCGACGACGGUGGGCUGACCGAGGGGUUGGGCGGCGCGGCAGGCGGUGACGGGACAGGCACAGGUGCCGGCACGCAUCGGGUGAACAAGCUUGUGCCAUCGUUGUCGAUCGGCCGGUUGGACCGGGCAUCAUCGCUGUCGCGCACCAUGUCGCUGCAGUACACCAUGUCGAUGGACAGCGCAUGGAGUGCCACCUCCAACGGGGGCGGUACCGGCUCGGGCGAUGGCGAGGCCCGGUUCUUGGGAGCGGUUCGGGCGUCGAAGCAAGUGCGGCUGUCUGACUCGGCAUACUUGCUGGAGUUGCAGGAAGUGCCGGGCUUGUUCGGGCCGAGUGCGCCGCAGGCGGUCUCCGCGCUGAUGGCAGCACAGGCAGUUGCAGUCGUCUACGCGCUCGACGAUGCGAGCUCACUAGCGCCGGCGCUAGCGUACAUUGACAGCGCGCGACGAGUGCUCGGGCCGGGCGUCCCGCUCAUUCUUGUGGGCAACAAGGCCGAUGCGCGCCGGGCCAUUCCGUUUGACGAGAUCCUGGCCAUCAGAGAGUACUACGACGUUCCCGGUAUCGAGCUCGCGGCGACCGACUCGUUGACUGCCAUUCAUCGGGCGUUUGCGCUGCUUGGAGCGUGUGUGGCGCAGCGGCGGGCGGGGCUGAUCUCGGCCGGUGCGCGGGUGGCGGAUCGUGUCGGGAUGCCGAGCCCGGGGCCGGCGCUUGCGGCGGUGUGGGCCGCGCACGCCGACGUGUUGCUGGCGUGCGGGUGGCUGAUGUGUGCUGACGGGGUGUCAUGCCCACGCGAGCUGGAGGCGCUGGUGUGUGCGGCGGUGGCACACGGCGCGGGCCUCGCGCGGGCAAGCAAGAGACGACAUGGCGACGACGGCGAGGGCGGCGGCGGCGGCGAGGGUGGCGGCGGCGACGAUGGCGGCGAGGCCAGCGACGAGUCGGACGACGGCGGCGACUACGAUGACAACAGCGCACUGCUCACCCCCGAAACGCUCAUCAACGAGAAGACGCGACGGCUCCGCGGGUGGGCCUCCGCGACCUUGUGGCGCUGGUGA